GAGUCGAGCGAGGGAGCGGGCAGCCUGAGAACUCCACAAUUGCACAUUUGCACAACUGCUCUUUAAAGGAAAACUCGCGCGGUGUAAUUUUUUCGCGAGUUUCCUUGUCGAAGGAGAGAAAGUAAAAGAUAUCGGUCUCUCCCCCCUACCCCGUACACCCGCCUCUCCCUCCGCAAUGCAUGUGCCAUGACGUCACACGACUCUAUCAUGUAGAAUCAGUGAGAGCGAGACUCGUUCGAUUGUGCUCCGUGUACAGCGUCUUGGUUUCAGUGCUUCUGCGAGUGCGACCCCCCCCCUCCCCCCCGCGUGUACACCGAAGGACUUCCACGUGAUUCUGCUGUCCUGAUUCCCCGUCGCUCGCCGCCCCCUCGUCCUUCUCUCUUCCUAGCCAGCGCGAAGGAGAAACUACCGACAGAGAAGUGGCCACGAGGAGAUUUAAAUGUGUUGGACGUGCGAGAGUGUGUGUGCGCGCGCGCGUGUUGAGUAACAGUGCAAGCAGCGCCAGCGGAAUCUCCAAGGAGGAGAGGCGAUCGGAAUCUCUAUGAACUGCCUGCCACGCCUGGGCCUCGUCUCAGAGCGCACGUCCUCAGCGCAAGCAGGAAAGCAAGAGGUCGUGGCAACUCGCCUUCCGUGGGACGCCCCUUCCGCCCACCCGCUGGUAGAUCCGCCCAAAUAGCUGCCGACUGCUGGCCCGCCCACAUCGCCCUGCCCUUCUGCCCAGCCCCUGGGCGCCCUCUCGAAGGCGACGCUGCGGGCCACGGCUGAGCACUCGCGCUGAGGCACCGCGGGCGCGCGCGCCGCAUCCGAGGCAGCGAGGCUAUUGCCAAAUGGUGUUCGAAAGAUAAAGGGGAUCAGAGUGCCCCCCCCCCCCGUGCCCCCUUGGAGGGAGAGGGUGUCACUAUCAGCGUGUCAUGGCGGCGGCGGCGGCAGCGGCGGCGCUGGCGGCGAGCGGGCAGCGGCACCGCCACGAGCCUUCAGUCUGGCUCUGGCACUGAUGGGAGACGUGAUGUCCUGCCGCCUGAGCGCAGCGCAAGCGAGGCGACCCUGCUAUCCUGUGCGCCGUCUCCCUUCCCGCGCGUCCUGCCCCUGCCUUCUGCGGCGCCUCGGCUGCCCAGCGACGGCCCUUCUUCCGCGGAGUGACAUGUGAAGAUGCCUUCAGAGCGAUCGUAGUGCCAAGUGCCGUAGAUGUUAUUGAGCGAGAACGUCGCAGUGCCUUUAGUGUAAUCUGCCUGUGAAGUGCCUUUGUUUACAAGGUCUGUGAUACGAAUGAUAUUGAGGGACGGCGUAGCCUGCCGUGUGACGCGAAGGGCAAGUGCCGCAGCCUGCAGAGUUCCGAUGCGCCGCGAGUGUUCCGCCGAGAAUGACAGGCGUGUGAGAUAAGAUGAGAGGCGGCGUGAGCACCUCUGCCUCCAGCUCCCUCCCUCAGGAGUUUCUUCCCUUACGCUUCGGACCACACACGCCCCCCUGCCCCCUCUCCCCCCCGAGGACCCCGUGCCCGAGUGCCCCCGCGUCUCCCGCGGCGAUGGCGGACUGUCGCAGCGACGUGGCCGCCGCGCCGCCGCUCGCGCCCUCCUUCUCCACGCUGCUGGGGCAGGGCCACACGCCCAAGCUCAAGGCCUACAUGCUCUCGAAGCACAACAAGGAGCGCGUGACGUCGGCCGCGCCGCCCCCCACCAGCCCCUCCGCCCCCCUCGGCAGGCCCAUGCCGCCCUUGGAGCCGCUCCUGGACGCCGCGGAGGACCUGGGCCCGCCCGCCCUCGCGCUCAGCCGCGCGCUCCCCAAGAAGCGGCCGCGGCUGAGCAGCGAUCUCAGGGACGACCCGGCGCUGCUGGAGGCGGCGGCGUCGAGCCCCCUCUACCUGCCCGACACGCCCUUCUCGCUCGCCGCGCGCGGGGACGACGGCGACGCGUACCUGGAGGGCUCGAGGUUCCUGUCGCCGACGCCGGAGUCCACGGCGGCCGUCGCCGGCGCCCGCCUGCAGCGCCAGCACGACCUGGACCUGACGUCCCUCCUGCCGCCGUCGCCGCCCUCCUACCACCUCUCGCCCGGGUACACCAUCAACCAGUUUUUCACCGAGCUGCAAUCCAGCCCCUCCUCGGUCGCCGCCAGCAGCCCCAGGGCCGUGUCGCAGCCCCCGUCGCCCGCCUGCGUCGUCCCCACCUCGGCCAAGUCGCCGCCACAGCUGCAGGAAGUCGCGGCGCCGGCGGCCGACCCCAAGGCGGGGGCCGAGGACUGGCUGGCGCAGAGCAGCGCGCUGGACCUGAGCCAGCUGCCCAGGACAGACCACCUACCGCAGCUGGUCAUCGCCAGCCCCUACCGCGACCUGGCCUCGGGCCUGCGCUUCGGCCAGACGCCUCCGGACGCGCAGACGGCGGGCCACCCGCGCGCGCUGGCGGCGGGGCCCGCGCGGGGCGGCUGCGUGCAGAUGGGCGGCCCGCAGAGCAGCUUCCAGGAGGUCGGGCAACAGAGGAGCGGCUUCCAGCCCGUGCGACCGUUGAAGAUGCGGUUGCAGGGCAGCGGCCCCGUCAGGAGCGGCUACCCGCUGGUGGGCCCGCUAAGGCCCGUGUUCCAGCCGGGCGGCGCGCAGGGCAGCGUGCUCCUGCAGCGGCCGGCCGUAAGCCUGCAGGAGGCGCGGCAGUGCCUGGACGUGAAGCCCCGCCCCCACCCGUACCACCCGCGCCCUGUCCACCUCCCCCGGACCUUCCCGCCCCCGCUCAAGCCCUUAGCAGGUGAGUGCCAUUAACCGCAGAACCGGCGCGAAAGGCGCGUUUUUUUCCGCGGGCGUUUUCUGCGCGAGAAGACGGAGCCGACGGACCUUUCCGCCGGGAAGAAAACGCAAAAGCCAGAGCUAAACACGAGGCAAAAGAGAACUAAAAGGAGGAAAAGUAAGAAGGAAAGAAAAGGGAUAUUCGACGCUGUAAAGGAAAUGCGGGGCAUUUCUUCAGACGUACAGCGCCGUGUUGCGGCCAGCACAGACUGCCCUCCGUCGGCAGGAGGUAAGAAUGCUGUGCCUUCGCCGAGAAAAUCCUUGUUCUGUAGGCGCUGCGGCCGAGGCCUGGCUCCGCGGGCGUUGCCCCUCGAGGCAGGCACUGGCUGUUGUUUUGAAGACGGAAAAAGCUGAACAAAUUCAACAGCAGUAGUGACAAUCGGUGUGUGUGUGUGUAUACAAACACACAUACACACAUACAU